CGAGCUCCCACAACUCCCACCAUGUCCACCUACGAAGUGGAACACAACACCACCGACCCUUCCUCAACCACCACCGCCACCACCACAGGAGGAACAACAACAACAACAACCACAACGCACCCGCGCCGCCCUGACCUCUCCAGCUUCUUCGCCACCCUCUCCGAAAUCACCCCGGAUGAAUCGCACAGCACCCACCGGCCGCACGCCGUGCCAGUCCCGCGCGACAUCAGCGCAGCCUUCUACACGCUCGCCGAAGCGUUGAACGUGAUGCGCCGCGACGGGGGCAGCGGCGGGGGCGGGGACGUCAUCGCCGCCGCCGCAGCGGGGGGGAUCCCCAGCUUCGGGCCGGAGGAUACGGCUACCGAUGUCAACGGGGGCAACGAGCUACUAACGGAAAUGAUUGCGUCGUUGUUGCAGUCGGCGGAGCGGCCGCCCAAGGAGGUGGAGGGGGUGAGUGAGGAGUUUUGCGAUGUGCUCGAUCGCGUGCCCAAGACAUCCUUGAACUCGUCGCAGGUCUGUCCGAUUUGCAACAACCCGUUCUUGGAGGAUCAGUACCCCCUUGUCGUGCGGUUGCCGUGUCAUCCGACGCAUCUGUUUGAUUUGGAGUGCGUGCGGCCGUGGUUGAGGUUGCGGGGAACGUGUCCGCUGGAUCGCACGGAUUUCGCCAAGCAGGAGAGGGACAAGGCGGAGGCCAGGCGGAAGCCGGCGGUGGAUGAUGAGGAGGAGGAGUGGGAUGGCAUGUAUGGUUAGGUUUACAGAUAGGGGCCGAAUAAUAGGGCAUGGUGUUGCGGAACUAUGCUUUGGACCCGCGAGGCUUGCUG